AGGACUGGAGGUUUUCUAGCAGCAGCUAUCACCUUGUUAUUGUGCCUUAUAACGUUUAUCUCAGAGAGGAGGUGUCCAGGAGAGGAUGUCUGACUGCCGCCUGCGGGGGGGGAGGCAUCCGGACUGGAAAGGAUCUCAUCACGCUUCCCCAAACUCCCCUGACAUCACCGCCGGCCAGACCCACAUCCCACAGAAAACUCUGCUGUCCCGCGUGCAGACAGCACCGGGGCCGGACAGGUCCAAUUCUGUUUAUUCUGUUCCGGGUGCUGGUUGAUGGGCGGCGUCAGCACCGCAAGGCCGUGAGCGUCACGCGUGGCAACCGACUGGCGACCUCUCCAGGACAUCCCACCGCCGCUUCUCAAAGCCGCCCUCCCGCCCCACGGGCGCGAUGGAGUUCCCAUUCUCCCUCUUCCCCUACUAUUUCGGCUGCGGCCCGACCCGGGAGGAGGGGAACUGCUCUCCGACCCUCGGCUGGGGCGAGCACAGGCGGGUGGUGGAGGCCGGUCCCGCUCGUCGCCAGGCUGAUUCGGUGUUUGUGCCCCACCGCGACGCGAUGGGCGAGAGCUGGAAAGCCGCCCACGCCGCUGCCGUACCCUUCCUGCCUCGGGACACGAGGGGAGGCCACAGGGGCCGGCAGGAAGGGUGCCGUGUCCCCCCACUUGUGCCCCAAGACAUCCUCUACCACGGCGUUCUGCACACGAUGCUCUGGACAGGCAAGUCUGGAGCCAUUCUGGAUUUCACCAAGCAACUGGGCCGCUUCUUUGUGGAUCACCCAGAAGAUGCGUUUGGCACCCUGGGGCAGCUGCUGCACAAAAAAUUCUACCUGAAUAACUCCAAGGUGAGGAGACAUGGCUGGGACAGCACCAUCCGGAUGAUGGCCCCCAUGCAGGAAAGGGACCAUCUGACGGCCAGGCACGUCUGCUCCCGCAAGGACCGUGCCUGCCAAAUGCGCAGGUUCUCCCAACUCUGCCGUGACUGGCUUUCCGAGGUGCCAGUGGGGCUGCUGGCAGACUGUUUGCAUGAGGAGCUGUUGCUGCAGUGGCCCAGCCUGCUCUUUGACGACAGCCCUACUGGGGGUGCGCUGGCCUGGCUGCCCCCCAAAGAUGGGAGACGCAUGGGCUGUCUGGUGUACCCUGGAGGGCAGGCCAUGAACCGCCUCUAUUUUCAGGAUGUGGUGCUGGGGGAGCUGCCCCACACCCGGUGCUCCACGGCGGAGUUUGUGCUCAACGGGCGGAUCCGGCAAGUGGCCACUGCCCGGGUGGAUGAGGAAGAUUUCAUCGGCGUGCGGUCGGACUAUCACUGUGGCGUUUGGAGGGUUCCGGGCAGGAUGGGGGCAGCCCCCACCCCGCUCCAAGUUAUUCGCACCAGCGUGCCUGCCUCCAGCCUCACCGUCAGCCCUCACCUCCCCGGGGAGCUGACUCUCUGCACCCAGAGCGGAGCUGUUUACCUCUGGAACGUCGAAACAGGGCUGCAGCGGCUCCGCCACGACCCCCAGACCAUGUUUUUUCGGGACCAUUCGCCCUGGCGCUGGAGCGAAUUCACCGCCCACCCACGGGUGGUGAGCUGUGCCGACCGCACUGGUCUGCAGUGCCUGGAUACCCGGGCCCCCGAGAGAUGCCACUUUGACUUGUUCAAGGUGGGCGAGGAAGCCAGCUGCCGGCAAGGCGAGCGUGUGGUGCUGCCAGUGUACCUGGGCAGGGCUCACAACUUUCAUCACCUUGUCGCCACCCAAUUUUCCAUCUACGUGGUGGACGAGCGGAUGCCGCUGGUGCCCAUGCUGAAGUGGAAACACAUGAUGAAGGCUGCUCCUCUCUUUGCCCACCUGACACCGGGGAGCCCCGGAAGGAGGCAAAAGAUGCUGCUUGGCACAUCCUGCACCAAGGAGCUGUUGCUGCUGCAAUACUGGGGGGGCGGGUGGUCGCCCUGCCAGAUUGCAGGGCCGCCACAAGAGCUGCAAACCAUUGCCAGCUGCCUGCAGCACCUACACACCCAGCAGCGGCUCAGCCACCACCUGAUCCAGCAGCACCUCAGCACCUUGGCUGCCGGACUGGUGGCCACGGUGCAGGAGGACAGGCCGCGGGAGUCGCUGCUGGUUUUCCAGCUCUCCGAGGCCGGGGAUGUUUUCUGCCAGACGCUAAGCAACAGGGCAGCGCGGGCCCCUGCGCCCACCCUGGGGGAUGAGGCCGAGGCCGCCCCUGGGUCUUCCCCUCUCUUCGAGGCUCCAGCCAGCAUCCCACUGUCCAUGGGCAGCCAGGAAGAAGAAAAAGGAGAAGUGGAGGAGGAGGAGGAAGAGCAAACCUUCUAUUUGUCCAACUUGGAGGUGAUUGUUGAGGAGGAGGACGAGGAGGAGAACAAGAAAGACGACAACGAGGAGGCAAGCAUGCUGCUCCCCCAAGAGCCCUGUGCCAGCCCACUGCCCUCCCCAGCCACGGCCCCGCGGUACCUCUGCUGGCUGAAGGCUCUUUCCGAUGGCUCCAGGAAGCACCCCCUGCACGCCUGGCUGCCCCCCCUCAGCCAGGAAAGCCUCUUCACCCGCAAAGAGCUGGAGGCACCGGCGUGCCCCAGCACCCUGCACGGGCUGGCACGGCAGCGGCUGCGCCAGGCCAUGCGGGAAGGGGGCCGCAUCCAGUGCUGGGACCCCCCGGGCCCCCAACCCCCUGCCCCACCACCGCCCACGGGGUGUGUGGAGGAGCCCCUGAGCGCCCGGCUGGCAACGGUGUGGUCCAGGGACUGGGAGCAGUGGUGGGAGGAGAGGACGGGCUUCUACCUGGCGCUGCGGAAGCGGGCGAUGCAGAAGCGGCGGCGGCGGCAAAAGCAAGCCUGGGGUCGGUGCAGCCUUUCGGUCAGCUUCACCUCCUCCCUCACCUACCAGUCCGAGCUGUCGGAGCUGAGCGACGCGGGCCCCUCGCCGCCGCGCUCCCCCAGCUCCCCUGCCGUGCUCCCCCGGGAGAGCUCCCAGUGGAACGGCAGCCCCCCGGCAUCGCCGGCGCCCGAGGAAGCCCUGCUCUCCUCACAGAGCCUGCGCUGCCGCGGCAUCCCCAAGGAGCGGCGGAAGACGCUGCGGGAUUACCGGGUGUGGGCUGAUGCCCCCCCAGACCCCCCCGAGCUCCCCGGCAGCCAGGCCAGCCAGGUCUGCAUCCCCUCCUCCCAGAGCCAGCUCUCCUCCGCCUCCCAGCCCCACCGCAAGCGCCCACGCGUUGGCUUCUGAGCACCCAAUAAAUCCAGACUGGCUCA